AUGAGAAUCUUCUAUUUAGCCACUAUCAUCUUAUUGAGUGGUUUGCUUGCCAACGCUCAAUUCGAUGGUCAAUCUUCAUGGGGUAGUCCAUCCAACACCUACCCAUUGACCGUAAACUCUCGUUCCGGUAUGUACACUGGUAUCUACAUGAAUGAGUCCCGUGCUUUCCUCGGUAUUCCAUACGCCCAACCACCCACUGGAAACCUCCGUUUCAAGCCACCACAAUCACUCUGGUACAACUGGGGUAUGACCUACGCCACCCAAAUGCCACCAUCAUGUUGGCAAUCAGGUAAACCAACCGGUUACAUCAUGUCUGAGGACUGUCUCUACUUGAAUGUUUUCACCCCAAAGAACAUCCACAACGUCAAUCCAACUCAAUACUACUCCAACUUGCCAGUUAUGGUCUUCUUGCACGGAGGUCGUUACUGGACUGGUGCCGCCACCGACUUCCAAGGUGAUCAUCUCGCUGCCGUCGGAAAUGUCAUCCACGUCGUCAUCCAAUACCGUUUGAACAUUUUCGGUUUCCAAUCGUUCGAUGGUAACACCAACAUCGGUCUCCAAGAUCAACAAAUGGCUCUCCGUUGGGUCCAAGACAACAUUCGUUCAUUCGGUGGUGAUCCCGAGCGUGUUACCAUCUAUGGUGAAUCUGCCGGUGGUUCUGCUACCCUCUACCAUUUGACCAUGCCAUCCUCAUACAACUUGUACAACCGUAUCGUUGCCCACUCUGCCUGGCAAUGGGUUGUCCCAACCGCCGCCACCUCCAAGGUCAAGACUGCCGCUUACGCCGCCACCAAGGGUUGUGCCAACGUCACCUCUUCCGGAGCCCCAGACUACAACGCCAUCUUGAGAUGUAUGCAAUCCAAGCCAGCCGCCGAUAUCACCCCAACCGUUGGUAAUUCUGAUUUCUUUGUUCCAAUGGUCGACGGUAACUUGAUCAAGACUCAAUUGCUCACUGCCUUUAAGCAAGGAAAGUACAACAAGCGUGCCAACAUUAUCAUCGGUCACAACUACGAUGAGGGUCACUACAUGGCCUUUGCCCGUCUCGGUUACGUCCCACCAACCACCACAGUCACCAACACCACCCUCUACAACUCCCUCGUUAAAUACUUGAACGUCUACUUUACCCCAGCUCAACGUGACGAAAUCAUCUCUUGGUACUUGCCAGUCGCCGGUGAAAUCGGUAACUGGAUGGGUGGUUCCGAAUUCUUUGGUGACUAUUACAUCAACUGUGGUUCCAUCAUGGCCUCUGAGUACUUAUUCCAACAAGGUGUCAAGUUCAACAACUACAUCUUCAACUACUCCUCACCAAACUACCCAUCCAGCGAUUGGUUCUUGGCUGCCUCCCACGGUAACGAAUUGCCAUACGUCUUCUUCCAAGAUGUCUACACUCCCUACCCAUUCGCCCCAGCCGAUGCCGUCUUGGCCCAUCGUAUGACCCGUUCAUGGACUGACUAUGCUGACAAUGGUAACCCCUCUGGUCCAUUCUCAAGAUGGCCAACCUACCCAGAUGCCAUGUACUACGGUCCAGAUGUCAUGAACUACAAUGACAAGCGUCCAUACUCCAAGGCUAUCUGUGAGAACUGGAGACAAUACCUUGAAGCCUACUAA